AUGAAGUCCAACAAAAAAGAGGCUGAGAUUCACAUUUAUUGGAGGCUUCAUUCUGGGAAUUCCUCUUUCUGGUGGGAUAAUUGGCUAGGUACUGGCAACCUUGCUAACCACAGAACUCAGGGUGGUAGGCCUGGUAAAAUCAAGGUCUCUCAGUUUUGGAGUUCUGGUCAAUGGGACCUGCAGAUGCUCAACAAUCAUGCCCCUGCCCACAUGAUCCCCACCAUUCUUCAAAUCCCUAUCUACCAAAACUCCCAAAUCCCUGACCAGCCAAUUUGGAAACCCAAUGCUUCUGGUACCUUUACCUGUGCAUCUGCUUGGGAGGUUGUUAGAACCAAAAGGCCAAUCCUUGUUACCAAUAAAAUGACAUGGCACAAGAAAAUUCCCUUCAAAUGGUCCUUUUGCCUAUGGAGAGCCCUUAGGAAUAAACUUCAUACUAAUGAUAGAGUAGCCAGGUUUGGACCCCCUUCUGUCAACAGAUGUGUUUGCUGCAUUAAUUCCCAGGCUGAAUCUGUUGACCAUAUUUUCAGUAGAGGCCAUUUUGCUAAGGCUGUUUGGAAAAUUUUCACUGGCCCUGCUGGUUUCCUUUUUGAAGAAAUGCCACUCCAAAACCUUCUUAUGAAAUGGUGGAUUCAGAAGCCCAGAAAUGAAAUCCACAAAUUGCUCUUGGACACCUUCCCUAUUAUCAUCUUCUGGAAUCUCUGGAAGAAUAAAUGUGGAGCAAAAUAUGGCACCAAACAUUCUUCCAUGGCCAGAGUUGUUUUCUCCAUUAACUCUGACAUUAAUCUUCCCCUCAAAACCACCUACCCUAACAUCACUUGGCCAUCUGAAUGGUCUGGGAUUUGCACCUUAACUGAGAGUUUGAAUUUUCUCACCAAAUCCACCCAGGUCUGCUGGCAAAGACCUACCCUUGGUCUUGUCAAAAUUAACAGUGAUGGAAGUGCCUUGAGUAAUCUAGGAAGAAUGGGAGCUGGGGCCAUCAUCAGAAAUCAUCAAGGGGACUUCAUUCAUGCCAUUGCUAGUCCCUUAGGUGAAGGAACAAAUAACCUUGCUGAAACUGAAGCUGCUUUUUUAGGGGUCAGGUGGUGCAUUGACAAUGGUUUUUCCAAAGUCCAUUUGGAAGCUGAUUCUGCUCUUCUGAUCCACUGGUUAACCUCUUCUGCAACUCCUCCUUGGACCCUUGUAAUGCACAUUCAUAAUCUCAAGGAGCUUUGCCAGCAGUGUGAAUCCAUCUACUUCAGUCAUGUCUACAGAGAAGGCAAUGCUCCUGCAGAUUCCCUCUCAAAACUUAGCCAUGAUCUUCACACCAUUACUCACUACAAUAACCUGCAGGACCUCCCUUCCCACAUCAGAGAUUCAGAAAGGUUCAGCAAAUACCUCAUACCUCUCCUUAUUCACACAACUGGUAUGGUUCCUGAGAGUGAUAUUAACAUCCCUUAUGUUCACUUUCUCAGAACCAAACCAGUUGAUGCUCUCUCACCCCUCCCACAGUAUUUGGAGUUCACUGGAUCAACUGAUGACUUUUCAGACAGUGGUAUCAGCAUUCUUAAUGCUCAUUCUGCUGAAAAUCUAUCAAUUAGCAAGCUGGCUCAGAUUCAGCAGUUCAGUCUCCAGCAGUUUUCAACCACAGUGUUGCUGAUUGAAUGCAGGGAUCCAGUUGUCAACAUUUCAGGACAGCGCUCCCUCUUUUCUGUCAAGAAUCUCAAGCAGAAUCAAAACACAAGCCCAACAUCUUGGCCCCCUUUUGUUAGCCAUCUUCAAUUUGGCUUUCUUUAG